UGACAGCUGCCUGUGGGGGGCCCAGUGAAAAAAAGCAACGAGUCUGCUGCCCCUUUUGAACAGUUCCCCCCACUUCCCAUUGUUUUCACUUUCACUUGUUUCCUAAUUCUUCCAAAUCUACUCUUGCAGCAGUUCGACAAUAUUUAUUUUGAGGAUGUCGGUGGCUGGGUUUAAGAAACAGUUUCACAAAGCAAGUCAGCUUCUGAGUGAGAAGAUAAGUGGGGCAGAGGGGACCAAGCUGGAUGAAGACUUCAUGGAAAUGGAGCGGAAAAUUGAUGUCACCAACAAAUCUGUUUUCGACAUCCUGUCCAAAACCACAGAAUACCUCCAACCAAACCCAGCAUCCAGAGCCAAACUGGGCAUGCUGAACACGAUGUCCAAAAUCCGGGGCCAGGUGAAGACCACGGGCUACCCCCAGCCGGAGGGGCUUCUGGGAGACUGCAUGCUGCGCUACGGCAGGGAGCUGGGGGAGGACUCCGCGUUCGGGUCUGCGCUGGUUGACAUCGGCGAGGCCAUGAAGCAAAUGUCGGACGUGAAGGACUCCCUGGACAUCAAUGUGAAGCAGAACUUCAUCGACCCUCUGCAGACCCUGCAGGACAAAGACCUGAAAGAGAUCGGGCAUCACUUAAAGAAGCUGGAGGGCCGGCGAUUAGACUUUGAUUACAAGAAGAAGCGGCAGGGGAAGAUCCCAGACGAGGAGAUCAAGCAGGCCGUGGAGAAGUUCGACGAGUCCAAAGAGCUGGCGGAAAGAAGCAUGUUCAACUUCCUGGAGAACGACGUGGAGCAGGUGAGUCAGCUUGCGGCCCUGAUAGAGGCAGCGCUAGACUUCCACCGCCAGUCCACAGAAAUCCUGGAAGAACUCAACAGCAAGUUACAGAACAGUAUAACCGCAGCGAGCAACCGUCCUAAGAGGGAGUUCAAGCCAAAGUCUAUAAUGACCAGCUUAGAAACCAUCGAUAACAUACAACACAAUGGACUGACUUACAGUUCGUCUAUCAAAUCAACAGAUAUCCAGAUCAACCACACUGUAAACGGAAAAACGGAACAGUUCACACCCAUGCCCCUGUCAUGGCCCGACAGCCCAAAUGGCAACCAGUGCGAGGUGCACAUGGACCAGCCCUGCUGCCGCUCGCUCUACGACUUCGAACCCGAGAACGAGGGCGAGCUGGGCUUCAAGGAAGGCGACCUCAUCAUCCUCACCAACCAGAUCGACGAGAACUGGUACGAGGGCAUGAUCCACGGCGAGUCGGGAUUCUUUCCCAUCAGCUACGUGGACAUCAUCGUGCCUUUGCCACAGUGAAAAACCCCCCAGACCACUUUCACAAAGACAUUUCAUUACUGUAUCAUUCAACGUUCACCUUGUUUUUAUAUAUGCCUUACCACACAGACUUUGUGAAGUCUCAUUUCCUCUAUAUUUAUUUCAGAACGUUCUACUCGUGGCCUACGCCACCUCAUGUACGUACUGUAUGUCUUCUUUGUUAUUGGCUUGUUCUUUUUCGUGAUCUUGCGUACAAAGGGUUUUGAUCCUCUGGCUGUUUCUGUACAUUGUUCUGCUCCGAUGUGGACUUGUUUAUUUUACCGCCUGCCGUGGUCUUAAGUGUUGAUGAAACACACUUUUAAACUGUGAGUAUAUUAACUGCAAUUCUAUGAAUGUUCUCACUGAGCCCCCCCGUUUACAAGGUAUAACUUACUGUGAUGCAAGGAGUCGUAGUAAGUAUUACAAACUGUCGAAUAAGGUCGAGAACCUUAUUGCACUCACCUUUCAAGUGCUUUUUUAAAUGUUAUUUGUAUUGCACUAAAGCUUUAGAAUUUACUUCCAUGAAUGCACAUUUUAUUUUUCCUUUUAAUUGCAGAACAUUGCACCUUGUUUUCUUCCUUGUUAAGAUGAAACACACAUAUUUAUAUCAGUCAUCGCAGUAUGUCAUCUAUCUGUACCUGUGUGUGUGUAUGUGUGUGUACACUCACCGAGCACUUUAUUAGGUAUUUAUUAGACUUACUGCUGUUGCCUAUCCACUUAGAGUUAUGAUGCGUUGUGUGUUCAGAGAGCUCUUCUGCAUACCACUGUUGUAAUGUGUGGUUAUUUGCGUUACUGUCACCUGUGACCAGUCUGGCCAUUCUCCUCUGACGUCUCUCAUUAACAAGGCAUUUCUGUCUGCAGAACUGCUGCUCACUGGAUUUAAUUCUUUUUUUUCACCAUUUUUCGCAACUCCAGAGAUUAGUGUGCGUGAAAAUCCCAGGAGAUCAGCAGUUUCUGAGAUACUCAAAUCACCCUGUCUCCAUCAUUCCACAGCCAAAGUCACUUAGAUCAAAUUUUUUCACCAUUCUGAUGGUUGAUUUGAACAUCAUAUAAUUGGAUGAAUAAGUAGGUGUAAUAAAGUGUUCCUAAUAAAGUGCUCGGAGAGUGUAUAUAUAAAUCUAUACACACAUACACACAUAUAUACAGACACAUUAUAUAUAUAGAUUGAUAUGGACUUGUACUUUUUACUGUAUGUGAUAAGAAUUUCCUGCCUGCUAUGUAAUGUUAGUCCAUUAUUAUUGGUUGAAUGAACUUAACAAAUUGCAGAUGUUAAUGAUGCCUAGUCCACCUUCACAUCUUCAGUCAGAUAGCUCUGUGCUUUUAUUAACUGAGAGAAGCAAUGCUUUCAAGUGUUGCAAGUCUUUGUAGCCAGACUGAUUGUGUUUAACUGACACUGUUUCUUGUCUUUAUAGAUUAAAAAAUGCAAUGUACUAUAUGUUGUCUAGUGAAAUUGCCAGGGAAGAUUAGUAAUGAAAAUUGCAACCCUCAAAUAUGAUAUAGCCAUGUCAUAAAUGACUAUUUAUGCCAUAUAUAUGUUAAAUUGUAUAACUGAAUGAUUUUUUUGUAUAGACACGUUUUUGUAGGAGUGUCCUGACAUUCCUAUUACCCCAAAAAAAGAUUGGGUUACAGCCUUUCAUUGUUUCACAAAGUUCUCAUUUUACAUGUGUAUUUUUGUUAUUUCUGAACCAACAAUGAAGAGAAAAAUAGAAGAACAUUCGAUUUCUUGUAAAUUAAUGCAGAUAUUUUGAUACAACAAAGUAAUCAAAUGCCAUACGUUAAUUGUAACUUCAUGUUAAAUUAUGAAGGACCUUCCCUUUCUUCAUCCUGUAAAAUAAGUGGAGACUUUAUAUGGAGGGGGAAAUCAGGGAAUGUUUAAAAGGACAUUAACUGAGGAAAGCACAGAGCAAUUGGCUGUGCCAGUAUUUAACCCAGUGCACUGAUCCACUUAAUUGAGACUGACAUGGAGAAAGCAGCCAAUUGCAAGUGGAAAAACCCAUUGAAAUAAAAUUGUAUUACAUUACACACAUCUUAAAUGAUGGAGACUGAAUUGAAAAUGUCACGAUUGAGAUUGUAGAUUGUAGAAGUGCAGUUCAGUAAUACAGAAUUAAUCUUCUGGCUUUGUUCAGCUAUGCCGAUAUCUCUGUUCAGUAUUCACUUCCCCAAACCUUGGUGGAAAAUUAUGACUAGAUUAAUUUUUAACCCUUUCCUGCAGCGUAAUUUAUACAAAAUGGUUUUAUAGAUGUUGUAAAUGAAUAUAUUCAUACAUAUAUUACGUAAAUAAACAAGAAGGCAAAUA